ACGUUGUCCAGUCACAAUCGAGAUUUUCGGUAAACUACAAGAGAACGUUUUUUUGUCGUCGUUCGUUAAUACAUUCGUGGCUCUUAUCAUGCGCAUUAUUCAUCAUAUAAUUUAUUAAAUUAUUACGUCGAGGAAGUCAUCUGAUUAAUUUGAUCGAAUUUGUUUAUUAUUCUGCUUUGUCAUUUCGAUUGAUUCUAUUGUCUCUUACACUCACUUUGCGGAAAGGCUAACAUGGACGGUAAUAAAGAUGAGGCAGAAAGAUGUAUUGAACUUGCUGAACGUUAUUUGCGUGAAAAAAAAUUCGAAGAUGCGGAAAAAUUCAUACGUAAAGCACAAAAGCUUUAUCCAACGCAAAAAACAGAAGAUCUAUUAACAAAAGUUACAUCUCUAUUAAAACAAAAUGUGAAAACUGAAUCAGAACCUACUGUUAGAAAGAGACAUACUGUUAAUAAGGAAAAUUCUCAAGCCCAAGCUACCACUGAAUAUACAAAAGAUCAACUUGAAGCUGUAAAAAGAAUUAAGAAAUGUAAAGAUUAUUAUGAAAUUUUGGGAGUAAGUAAAGAUGCAACAGAUAGUGAUAUUAAAAAAGCUUAUAAAAAGUUGGCACUUCAAUUACAUCCUGACAAAAACAAAGCUCCAGGAGCUGCAGAAUCAUUUAAAGCCAUUGGAAAUGCUGUUGCUAUUCUUACGGAUGUUGAAAAACGUAAACAAUAUGAUCUUUAUGGUCCUGAAGAGGAACGACUACAAAGCAGUCAAGCUCGUCAGAAUCAUACACAUUAUAAUUACACACGAGGUUUUGAAGCUGAUAUCACAGCCGAAGAAUUAUUUAAUAUGUUCUUUGGUGGAGGAAUACCUCAGCAAGAAUUUUAUAUGAGACGUACAGGUGGUAGAUGGAUGAGACAGCAAGAAGCACAAGCUCAAAAUGCUCAUUCUCAGCAAGCAAAUGGAUAUACCACAUUUGUCCAAUCAUUGCUUCUUUUGUUGUUAAUAUUGAUAUCUAUGAUGAGCAGUUUUUUUAUAUCAGAUCCUAUAUAUAGUCUACAUCCUAGUGCCAAAUAUUCUAUAGCAAGGAACACCAAGCAAUUGAAUAUACCAUAUUAUGUCAAGGAAAAUUUUCAUACCGAAUAUCAAGGCAGUUUGCAUAGAUUAGAAAUAUCCGUUCAGGAAGAAUUUUUAUUGAACUUGAGACAAGCAUGUUAUAGGGAAAGAAAUUACAAAGACGCACUGUUAUGGAAGGCUCGUAGUUUUCAAGAUCAAGAGAUGUUUAUUAAAGCUAGAAACAUUGAUACACCUUCUUGUAAAAGAUUACAAACUUUGCAAGCUUCAUAGCAUAUUCAUGUAACUCAUUAGAAUUGUGUUGUAGAUAGAUGUAUAUUAUAUUCACGCGUGCAUAUUUAUUUUGAGUGUGACGCAGGACGUUGAGUUAUAUGUUCGUAUCUACUGUCAUACAUCGCGCGCCUUGCAUAGCCUGUCAUUAAUAAUAUGGACCAUGCAUGAUGUUUGAUCCGUAUCUAAAUUGUUAAUUGUUUACUAGAAGAUUAAAUUUGAAUAGUCCAUUUAAUGGUAAUUUUACUAGUAAACUGAUAUUGAAUUUAUAUUAUAUAAUUAGAUGAGAUAAAUUUAGCUUUUUUUAGAUAGAUCGAGUCAGUCAGGAUAGCAUAAAAGUUAUUUAUUUUCGUAGAUUGAACAAUAUCAUUUACGACUUAGAAAUUGUUCAUAUAAUCUUAAAUUUUUUAAUAAACAUCAGAAAUUUUUAGUUUUUAUAAAUUCGGUUCCCUAUAGUAAUAUAAAUGAAAAAAAUAUCUUAAAGUUAUGUAAAGUUAUGUAAAGUUUUAUUGUUUUAUUUCUUUUUAUUUCUUUUUUUUAUAUAUAUAUAUAAACACCUAUGUUUCUAAAAAAAAGACUCUUCUCUUGGCUAUGAUGGUAAUAAAUAAUGGAUAUACCA